CGGUACAGCUGCUCCGAGCGUUGUUGUUUGGGCCUCCUGAGGGGCGUUCUCUGGAGGGCCCGGUGCUGGCUGCAGUGACAGGGCUGGUUGGCCCUGCUUACCCCCCCUCUUUCCCGGUGCAACGUCUGCUCGCGGUCUCCGUAACCUGCAGGCCCAACAUGGCGCAGGAGGUGUCGGAGUACCUGAGCCAGAAUCCGCGGGUGGCUUCCUGGGUGGAGGCGCUCCGUUGCGACGGCGAAACUGACAAACACUGGCGACACCGCCGCGAGUUUCUGCUCCGCAACGCCGGGGACCUGGCCCCCACUGGUGGCGUUGCCUCCACUAACACGGAUGAAGCUGCCGACUCCGAGAGCGCGACCCGCAAUCGGCAGCUGCAGCAGCUCAUCUCCUUCUCAAUGGCCUGGUCAAACCACGUCUUCCUCGGGUGCCGGUACCCUCAAAAAGUUAUGGAUAAAAUACUUAGUAUGGCUGAAGGCAUCAAAGUGACAGAUGCUCCAAUCCAUACAACAAGAGACGAACUGGUUGCCAAGGUGAAGAAAAGAGGGAUAUCGAGUAGCAAUGAAGGGGUAGAAGAACCAUCCAAAAAACGAGGCAUAGAAGGAAAAAAUAAUUCUACAGUUGAGCAAGAUUAUGCAAAAACUCCUGCCAAAACAGAACACGUAUCAGCUAAGCAGGAAAACAGUUCAACAUGUACAGGGUCAUCCAUCAAAUUGGAGAGCAGUGGGAAUGCAACUCGGAGCUCUGGCAUCUCCUUGAAUGAGAAUAGCUCUACAAGUGAUGUGGAUAAACCUAGUUCCAGCCAAAGCAGUGGUAGUAUUUCCUCUCAGGUGACAACAGCUGGGUCUGGAAAAGUUUCUGAAUUAGAGGCUUCAGAUAAACAUGGUUCAGCGCUAUUUGUUUCCUCUUUGUUGAAACCAAAUGUGAAUAGUCAUGUGACCCAAUCCACUGAUUCACGACAACAAAGUGGCUCACCUAAAAAGAGUACUUUGGAAGGCUCUUCAGUCUCAGCUUCUCAAAGCAGCUCAGAGAUUCAAGUGCCCUUAUUGGGCUCCUCUGGAAGCUCAGAAGUAGAGUUGCCACUCCUAUCUUCUAAACCUAGUUCAGAGACAGCUUCAAGUGGGUUAGCUUCUAAAACUAGUUCAGAAGCAGUUGUUUCAUCAUCAGUUUCUAAAAACAGUUCUUCAACAGGCACAUCCUUGUUGACUCCCAAGAGUAGCUCCUCAACAAAUACAUCGCUGCUGACUUCAAAAAGCACUUCCCAGGUAGCUGCAUCACUGUUAGCUUCCAAAAGCAACCCCCAGCCCAGUGGAUCUCUGGUUUUCAAAAGCACUUCCUUAGCAGGUGUGUCCCAGUUGGCUUCUAAGGGUAGUUCUCAGACUAACACAUCACAGUUGGCUUCUAAAAGUACUUCACAGUCAAGUGAGAGUUCUGUCAGAUUCUCCUUCUGCAAGUUAACCAAUGAAGAUGUGAAACAGAAGCAACCCUUUUUCAAUAGACUGUAUAAAACAGUAGCAUGGAAGUUGGUAGCUGUUGGUGGUUUUAGUCCCAAUGUGAAUCAUGGAGAGCUCUUAAAUGCAGCUGUUGAAGCUCUCAAAGCAACACUAGAUGUGUUUUUUGUCCCACUAAAAGAACUGGCAGAUCUGCCUCAAAAUAAGAGCUCUCAAGAAAGUAUUGUUUGUGAAUUAAGGUGCAAGUCUGUGUAUUUGGGCACUGGCUGUGGAAAAAGUGAAGAAAAUGCAAAAGCAGUUGCAUCAAGAGAAGCACUGAAGUUAUUUCUCAAGAAAAAGGUGGUGGUGAAAAUAUGUAAAAGAAAAUACAGAGGCAGUGAAAUAGAAGAUCUUGUACUCCUUGAUGAAGAAUCAAGGCCUGUAAACUUACCACCAGCAUUAAAACAUCCUCAAGAAUUAUCGUAAUGUGUCCAAAAGAUCACUGCAUAAAAUAGUAUUUGAAGGAAAAAACUUGACUUUUGUACAAUAUAAAACAGGCUUUCACAGAUUUUGUAUUCCUUUUUUCCAGUUUUGCAGAAAAUUUACAUUCUAGUUCUCUUCAUAAAGUAGAAGUUGUACAUAAUUUACGAAUGGCAGUACACAUUAAAAGUAUGCAUUGGCAGCAUACUAGUAUGCUGUUUUAUUUGCUGAAGAAAAUACUGUCUUCUAUUUUUAAUGAUACAUUAGGUACGAUGUGUAGUUCUGUAGAAUCUUAAAACUUUUGUACUACUUUAAAUUUGGUGAAAAUGUAUUAAGUUGUCUACCAUGCUUUUCUUUUUUUAGCUUGAAUAAACCUCCAUAUCAAAGAAAAGGGGACCACAGUAUUCGAAUGUCUGGAAGUCUGAAACUUAAGGUUUUUAGAAUGUUGCCCAUAAUGCUUAACACAUCUGUUAAAGAAUAAAAGAAAAAAUAGUUGCCUCAAACUAUUUUUAUGAGAAGUUGUAAGCAUUUUUUAGAUAUAAAACAGUAUAAAGUACUUAAUAUUAUUUUAUUCUAAAAUUGUUUAAAAUUUACCAUAAUUUUGACUGCUGCAGAUUGUUUAAGCGGGUUAAUUUAUGUUUUGAGGUAAAAUACAAUUUACACUUUUUCUUAAAGACAUAAAUGUGGGUUUCUAUAUUAAGCAUAUUUUGUGACUACUAUUAACAUACUGAUUUGUUUAUAGAUAUUAAAUGCUUUCAGCUAUUUUAACUUU